GAGGGUUUUCCGACAGAGAUAUAAUCUUCUUUCUGCAUCUUCUUCCUCCUUUCUCUGCUUUCUUCUUUUGUUGCGGCAGAGAAGCCACGCAGCUGCGUCGUUUUUGUUCAGAUCUCUGUGUGUGUGUGUGAGAGAGAAAGAGAGUUAUCGCGGUGGAGAAGAUGAGCAGCAAGGUCGGCGGUGGCGGUGUAAGUGUCGGAGGGAGGAAGGGCAAUAAUGGAGUUUCGAAUAUCCCGUCGGGGUCGAGGAAGAUGGUUCAGAGCUUGAAGGAAAUCGUGAACUUUCCCGAAGCCGAGAUCUACGCCAUGCUCAAGGAGUGCAACAUGGAUCCUAACGAAGCCAUCAAUCGUCUCCUCUCCCAAGAUCCUUUUCAUGAAGUUAAGAGCAAAAAGGACAAAAAGAAAGAGAAUAAGGAUACAACAGACUCCCGGGCACGUGGUGCUAAUAACACUUAUAACCGCGGGGUUAGAGGUGGUUCUGAUCGUUAUGCUGGACGAGGUGGUGCGACACAUUUCAGCUCUAACGAAUCUCGGAAUUUCCAAGGAAAAUCGACGAACAAGAAAGAAAAUGUAACACAGGGUUAUGCAUGGCCUACAUCAUCUGCCUCUGGGGUAGAGGGACGCCAUCAGCCAUUGCACAGUGAUUUUGUUGCCAUGGAAAAUAAAAUGCUGUCUGUUUCUCUGACUGAUGGGAUACAGCCAUCACAGUCUGCUUCUGGACGUCAGACUGCAUGGUUUGGAGCUGCAGGCCAGAUGUCUAUGGCUGACAUUGUGAAGAUGGGUAGACCCCAAAACAAGACAACGAACCCCAGGCAGAAUGUUGAUACACGCCCUGAAGUAUAUAGUGAGCAUGACGUUGCAAAUCAACAUGUUCCUUUCAAGGAUGAAUGGCCCUCGAUUGAGAAGCCGGUAGCUGCUACCACCUCUUCUUUAUCAAAGGCACAGGCAGAGUCGGAGUUAUGUGCUGAUCCAUCUGGUAGAGGAGAUCAACCAUUUAAGGUCCAGUUAGAAGAGAUCCAUCAAUCAGAAAACGGUCCACUAGGGAAUCUUGGGAUAGAUCAACCGCGGCCUGAUUCUGUUUCUGGUAGAAGCGUUCAGGAAGAUGACUCUGGAGUUUCUUCUGAGUUUGAUGAUAAUUUAUACAAACAUGAAAUGCAGAGCCAUCUUGUUGAGCAUGAAAAAGAUGAAGACGGUACUUCAUUUGUCGCUACCAACCUUCAACAAUUAAGCAUAGAGAAUCAUGAUCAUGAAGCAUCGCACGGAGAGGACAGACCUGGUGUCAUAAUUCCAGAUCAUCUGCAAGUCCAUGCUCCGGAGUGUUCGCAACUAAGCUUUGGAAGUUUUGGAGGUUUUGGAUCAAGGCCUUUGAGCAACAACGGAGAAGAGGCUUCUGAUGAAGCCCCACAAAUUGAUCACUCAGAUUCUAGGAAUACUGAAUUCUACGAUGAUGAACAUAUUGCAAACACGAACAAUGGAGAUAUUGUCCACGAAGCUAAUCCAAGUACUGGAAAUCAUGAUACUUCAGAUUCUCAGCGAGAGAUUUUGGAGCAAGAACGCUCCGAAACUUCUCAGGGGCACCAGUACACUUUUGCUCAAUCUGAACCAGGAUAUGCAUAUGAAAAUGCUAAGCAGCAGCAGCAGCUGAAUACAGCCUUUGACGAAUCACGGACAAGCACCCAGAUGCAGAAUCUUGCUGCACUAUCGAAUGUGAUGCAAGGUUAUACAAGCACAAUUCCCAACUUGGCACAACCUGCACAGAGUGCGAGGGAGCUUGAGCUUCAGUACUCACCUUUCCCCAUUGCACAGUCCAUGACUUUGAGAAAUAGCAACAGUCCUCCAUUAAAUGGCCAAAGCAUUUCCAUGCCAGAGGCAAUGAGAGGCAGUGGUAUUUCUACAACGCAAUCUGUUCAACAAGCCUUACCAGGGGGGAAUAUUGCUACUGGACCGGCUCUUCCCCAGCAGCUAGCGAUGCAUCCAUACUCUCAACCGACCUUGCCUCUGACUCACUUCCCGAAUAUGAUGGGUUAUCCUUUGCUGCCUCAAAGUUACCCUUACAUGCCUUCGGCUUUCCAGCAAGCAUUUGCGGGUAACAGCUCAUACCACCAGUCUCUGGCCGCUUUGCUUCCGCAGUACAAAAACAGUGUUGCUGCAAGCAGUUUGCCUCAGACGGCAACAGGUGCUGCCCCCUCGGCUUAUGGGUUUGGAAAUUCGAGCAAUAUUGGAACUGGUAACUACCCUCUUAACCAACCGACAGCUCCUCCUACCGGGACGACACUUGGUUAUGGAGAUGUCUUGAGUUCACAAUACAAGGAGAUUAACCAUCUUCUGUCCCUCCAGCAGCAGCAGCAGAACGAGAACUCGGCCAUGUGGGUUCAUGGUCAUGGUGCCCAAACCAUGCCAGCCAUCCCGACCAACACAUACUACAACCUGCAAGCAGCACACCAUAACCAACAGGCAUCAUCGUCGUCGUCAUCCGGGUAUCAUCGACAUGCUCAUCAGCCGGAUUAUGGAUCUCUCGGCUACCCGAACUUCUACCAGUCCCAAACAGGGAUGUCUCUGGAGCAGCAGCAGCAGCAAAACCCUCGAGACGGCGGCUCACAAGGUCAGCCGCCCUCGAAGCAGAUCUGGCAAAACUCGUACUGAAAAAAAAGGGUUUCUUGAUCUUCGGUUUCGCUUUUUUUUUUCCGGGCUCGUGGUUUUUCGGGGGCUGCAUAGCCAUGGCUAUAUGAUAUGAUGAUGAUGAUGAUGAGCUCUGUUUGUGUCACCGGCUACGGAGCCUUCACCACGAGUGUAAUUUAUCAAACCAAUGCUCUGUUUUUAACUUAGGGAAACACGCAGAACUCUCUAAUCCAGUUCAACUCAAACUCCAAACAGUCUGUCUCCUCUCUCUCUCUCUCUCUCUCUCUCUCUGUGAAUAUUCAUCAUCAGUGAUGCUAAAUUUCUGUGGAAAAUUUUGGGUCAA